AAGGUCCAGUUCGCAGCUCCACAGCGGCGGGGCGAGCAGGAGCGGCAGCCGGAUCUGGAGGAGAGAAUACCGGGUGGUCCGGCUGUUUUAUUACGGUUUUAACGUUCGUACGGUGCUAUUUACGUCGUGGACGAGUGUAAAAACGGAGUGUCGGUUUUUAUAUAAGAUUUGGAAGUAGUUCGGACUGAGGGCUUGGCAGCACGAUGGCUACCCAGUCUGAUCUGAUGGAGCUGGACAUGGCUAUGGAGCAGGACCGGAAAGCUGCAGUCAGCCACUGGCAGCAGCAGUCCUAUCUGGACUCUGGUAUCCACUCUGGGGCCACCACCACCGCACCCUCCCUUUCUGGCAAAGGCAACCCAGAAGAGGAGGAUUUGGACAACCAGGUGCUAUAUGACUGGGAGCAAGGCUUCAGCCAGCCCUUCACCCCAGAACAGGUGGCAGACAUGGAUGGCCAGUAUGCCAUGACCCGUGCCCAACGCGUGCGUGCCGCCAUGUUCCCCGAGACCCUGGAUGAAGGCAUGCAGAUUCCCUCAACUCAGUUUGACUCCGCCAACCCCACAAAUGUCCAGCGACUGGCAGAACCCUCGCAGAUGCUCAAACAUGCUGUUGUCAAUCUCAUCAACUACCAGGAUGAUGCUGAACUGGCCACCAGAGCCAUCCCUGAGCUCACAAAGCUCCUCAACGAUGAAGACCAGGUGGUGGUGAACAAGGCGUCUGUGAUGGUGCACCAGCUCUCCAAAAAGGAGGCCUCGCGCCACGCAAUCAUGCGCUCUCCACAGAUGGUAUCUGCCAUCGUCAGGACGAUGCAGAACACCAACGACGUGGAGACCGCUCGCUGCACAGCCGGAACACUGCACAACCUCUCCCACCACCGAGAGGGACUGCUCGCCAUCUUCAAAUCCGGGGGCAUCCCUGCUCUCGUCAAGAUGCUGGGAUCUCCAGUAGACAGUGUUCUGUUCUAUGCCAUCACCACACUGCACAACCUCCUCCUGCACCAAGAAGGGGCGAAGAUGGCCGUGCGUCUGGCUGGCGGCCUGCAGAAGAUGGUGGCUCUUCUCAACAAGACCAAUGUCAAAUUUCUUGCCAUCACCACAGACUGCCUACAGAUCCUGGCUUACGGCAAUCAGGAGAGCAAGUUGAUAAUCUUGGCAAGUGGUGGACCCCAAGCCCUGGUGAACAUCAUGAGGACAUACACAUACGAGAAGCUGCUGUGGACCACCAGCCGUGUGCUGAAAGUGCUGUCUGUCUGCUCCAGUAACAAACCCGCCAUCGUGGAGGCUGGAGGUAUGCAGGCUCUGGGACUUCACCUGACAGACCCCAGCCAGCGUCUAGUACAGAACUGCCUCUGGACCCUCAGAAACCUGUCAGAUGCUGCAACUAAACAGGAGGGUAUGGAGGGUCUCCUCGGCACCCUGGUGCAGCUCCUCGGCUCAGACGACAUCAACGUGGUCACCUGCGCCGCUGGCAUCCUCUCCAACCUCACCUGCAACAACUACAAGAACAAGAUGAUGGUGUGCCAAGUGGGCGGAAUCGAGGCGCUGGUUCGCACAGUGCUGAGAGCCGGAGACCGGGAGGACAUCACAGAGCCCGCCGUCUGCGCCCUCCGCCACCUCACCUCCAGACACCAGGACGCAGAGAUGGCCCAGAAUGCUGUGCGCCUCCACUACGGCCUCCCUGUGGUGGUCAAACUGCUGCACCCGCCCUCACACUGGCCUCUUAUUAAGGCCACCGUUGGUCUGAUCCGUAACCUGGCACUGUGUCCAGCCAAUCACGCACCUCUGCGCGAGCAGGGUGCCAUCCCCCGAUUGGUCCAGCUGCUGGUGAGGGCGCACCAGGACACCCAGAGACGCACCUCCAUGGGCGGCACCCAGCAACAGUUUGUUGAGGGAGUCAGGAUGGAGGAGAUCGUGGAGGGCUGCACCGGGGCGCUCCACAUUCUGGCCAGAGAUGUGCACAACAGAAUCGUGAUCAGAGGACUCAACACCAUCCCUCUGUUUGUACAGCUGCUGUACUCUCCAAUUGAAAAUAUCCAGCGCGUGGCCGCUGGCGUGCUGUGUGAACUGGCGCAGGAUAAGGAGGCGGCUGAAGCUAUCGAGGCGGAGGGAGCCACCGCACCCCUCACUGAACUGCUCCACUCCAGGAACGAGGGAGUGGCCACAUACGCGGCAGCAGUGCUGUUCCGCAUGUCGGAAGACAAACCUCAGGACUAUAAGAAACGCCUGUCUGUGGAACUGACCAGCUCCCUGUUCAGAACAGAGCCCAUGGCCUGGAACGAGACUGGAGAUAUGGGUCUGGAUAUCGGAGCACAAGGAGAACCUGUUGCAUACAGAGCUGAUGACCCCAGCUAUCGCUCCUUCCACUCCGGCUACGGUCAAGACGGCCUGGGAAUGGACGGCAUCCUCGAGCACGAGCUGGCCGGCCACCACCCUGGAGCGGAUUACCCUGUAGAGGGUCUGCCUGACCUCGGCCACGCCCAGGACCUGAUGGACGGCCUGCCUCCCACAGACUCCAAUCAGCUGGCCUGGUUCGACACAGACCUUUAAAAAACACUCACAGUCUGGACGAAGUGACGCUCUUUUUGUCUGAGUGAAACUGCAUUGUGAUUUUUGCCUGAGGAGUGACGGGACGUUUGCAGAGGGUGGGCGAGCAUAUCGGAAAGUGCCUGACACGACACACACACACUUACACAAACUUACGCACACAUACACACACACAAACAAAUACAUGCAUACAAACUAUAUAUAUACACACACGCACAUGCACACUCGUUGGGGAGGAGAGGGAGGAGUUUCUACACGAAGAGGAAGAGGAAAUGAAGCUGAACCUUUUUUCCCACCCUUUGAGUUUCCUCCCUCUUGUUCCAGACAUUUUGUUUGUUUUUUCUUUCUGCCCUGGAUGGAGGAAGGAAGUUGCGAGGGAUUUGAGGAGCGGAUGCUCUUGACGAUUGCACCAGAGCGAGAUCAUAAGACGGAACUGUAAAACCUUUUUAGCCUGGUUUUUAUUUCACCUUUUUUCUUUUUAAUUUCUUUUUUACCUUCUUUUAUAUCAUCGGUCUUUAUGGUACUGACCCCUAGCUUGGUUUGAUCUCUAGUCUGUAUUCAUUAACUUCACUUUCUGUUUUAUUUUUUCUGUUUCAGCAGUAAUUUGUAUUCCAUUUUAUAACGUCUUUCUGUAGUGUUGAGUUCUAGUGGAGUUGCCUCUGUUGGUUUCUGAAUCUUUCUCACGUAACGGUGUCGAACACUAAUAUCAGUUCUUAUGUAAUCUGACUGAAAGUGUAACAAUGUGUAGCUUUCUUUUUUUCUUUGUUUUAUUUCCUUUUUUUAUACGAUCAGCUGUUCAAAUGGGGUGUACUGGGGUGGGAGAAAUAUAUGCAUUCUUUAUUAAAAUACCUAAAAAACCAAGUGAAGAGAAACUGUUUUCAGUGUAAACGGUUGUUCCAAAAAGGGUUGCGGAGGGGGGGGUGAACUGAGGGUGGGCGGGGGUGCAGGCAGUAGCACAGAGACAGAUCUUUCUUUUCUAUCAUGCUAUCCUGAGGUAGUACCGAUUUAAAGCAACGUGGAGUCGUCAGUGGUUUGCCUGCGUGGCCUAUUUUGGGAACAUGGUUGAUGACAAGGUUAAACAAUAAAAGACUUUUAUUCCA